CAUCAGUCUUUGCGAUUUGCUUCGCGCUUCAACGUACCAUACUCCCGUCGUACAGUAUUAUUGUGAGUGUACGUACGUACACGCUGACGAUAGAGCGUGUGUUUCCUUAACCAAGUGCAUUAUAAUUUCGAAAUUAAGUUUGGAUCAAAAACAUAAAAAAAUAAUUCAAAACAAUGCUCAGAACCACAUGUUCUGUGGCGCUUCUGUGCUUAUUCGUUCUCCUAUCUCUAAGCACAACAUCUCUAGCAAGAGGAAAUCGUCAAGUAAUUGAUGCAAGCAAUGGACUUGACUUACACGAUCGAACAUUUACAGUCGAUUGGGAAGGUAAUAGAUUCUUGAAGGAUGGCAAACCGUUUCGUUUUAUUGCCGGCUCAUUUCACUAUUUCCGGUCACAUCCGGGAUCAUGGCAACGAAAGCUUCGUUCGAUGCGAGCAGCUGGUCUUAAUGCUGUAACAACAUACGUUGAAUGGUCAUUGCAUAAUCCAAAGGAUGGUCAAUAUGUUUGGGAUGGCAUUGCUGAUUUAGAAAAGUUUAUAAAAUUAGCCAUUGCCGAGGAUCUUUUAGUUAUAUUGAGACCUGGACCGUAUAUAUGCGCAGAGCGUGAUAUGGGUGGUUUUCCCUAUUGGCUGCUAACCAAAUAUCCUCAAAUUCAACUAAGAACAGCAGACAUAAAUUAUCUCUAUGAGGUUCGACUGUGGUAUGCUCAGCUUAUGGCUCGCAUGGGACCUUAUCUCUAUGGAAAUGGUGGUCCAAUUAUUAUGGUGCAAGUGGAGAAUGAGUAUGGAUCAUUCUAUGCCUGCGAUAAAAAAUACCGCGAAUGGAUGCGAGAUGAGACACAUGCUCAUGUCAAAGACAAAGCAGUUCUCUUUACCAACGACGGACCAUCUGUGCUCGGAUGUGGUUAUAUUCCUGGGGUCCUAGCAACUUUGGACUUUGGAGCUACUGACAAUACAACUGAGCAGUGGGCUUAUAAAAAGAAACUCCAACCCAAGGGACCGUUGGUAAAUGCUGAAUAUUAUCCCGGAUGGUUGACCCAUUGGCAGGAGAAAAUGUCAAGAGUUCAAACUAAAUCUGUGACCCCAACUUUUAUUAAAAUGCUUGACGAAGGUGCAAGUGUAAACUUUUACAUGUUCUAUGGAGGAACCAAUUUUGGCUUUACAGCCGGAGCCAAUGAUGGUGGCCCGGGCCGCUACCAACCCGAUACAACUUCAUAUGACUACGAUGCGCCCAUGGAUGAGUCAGGCGAUCCAACAGAAAAAUACUACAAACUGCGUGAGAUCAUAGGUCGUUACGAAACACUUCCAGAUAUUCCACUGCCAGUGCCAUUACCCAAGAAGCACUAUGGAACAAUUCGGCUAACUGGCUGCUGUCACAUUCUAUCCAACGAUGGUCGACGUAUUUUGUCUGCGGGUACAGUUACGUCCCAGAAACCCCAAACAUUUGAGGCUCUUGAUCAGUAUUCGGGACUUGUCUUAUACGAAACAAGUUUACCAAGCAUGGGAAGAGAUCCAUUUGUACUCAGAGUAGAUGGAAUUCGUGAUCGGGGUUAUGUCUAUGUUGAUAGGAAUUUCAUCGGAGUCUUGUCAAGAGAAAGUCAAGUCUUUUCCUUACCCAUUAACGCCGGUCUUGGAAAUAAACUACAAAUACUUGUUGAAAAUCAAGGAAGAAUCAACUAUAACAUCCCAAAUGAUUUCAAGGGCAUCCUAAAUGAUGUAAUUGUUGAUAGGACUGUUCUCAAGAAUUGGACCAUGACAAAAUAUCCACUAGAAUCGUACAAUGAUAUUGUGCGACUCAUUGAAACCGAAGGUAUGCCAAAGACCCGUGGUUUCCGGAUACAUAAUAACAGAUCAAUGCUUAGAUCUGGACCAGCUAUAUUCUAUGGUGAAUUGGAAAUUGAAGAAGAGGAAGUAUACGAUACUUAUAUUGAUCCAAGAGGUUGGAGUAAGGGAAUUGUAUUUGUUAAUGGAGAGAAUUUGGGAAGAUAUUGGCCAACAGUUGGUCCACAAAUAACUUUGUAUGUGCCGAAAGAAGUACUCAAAACUGGUACCAAUCAUAUUGUUAUGAUUGAGUAUUUAAAUGCUCCGGAAUCGGGCGAAGUGACUUUUACUGAUGUUCCUAAUUUAGAUGGGUAGACGACUGUUGCUUCUAUUGAAGUGUGUUAAUAGUGUUUAUAUAAAUAAAGAAAAAUAGACUUAAA